CUGGAUAANUCUGAUCUUCAAGAGAAAUUUGUUAUAGGCACAAAAGUUCAGGCAGUUUGGAGUGAAGAUGGGGAGUGGUAUUUUGUCUAUCACUUUAUGAUGCUACAAUCGGGGCUUAUACACCAAAAUAAAGAAGAGGUUGAUCCUGCAANUAUAAGGCCAAUUCAAGAAGGUUCUGUAGAUGCUUUGUUAGAAGCUGAGCGAGUCGCGCAGGCUACAAAACAGGCUAUCAAUCGGAAAAUUGCACAAGCUGCAUCAAUUGAUUUACAGUCUCGCAGUCUACCUGCCAAAAUUCGUAUAGAGGCUGAUGAUCCUGAGGAUGUGGUGAGUGAGAUAUUUUCAGUAAAUUUUCUAGCUAUAUCUUGA